AUGAGCCCUCACCAGCGAGAGUCGCACUCAUCCGCGCCGUUUUCCCGGCACGGCAACCACAAACUGUCGUUGCAUCACGCCCGAGGACCCGUCUCUUUCCUCCAUCCAACGCGAGGACUGCUGCGGACCGCGCCGGAAACGCCGCCCUCCCCUGAAGACGCUGCCGACGCUGCCGACGCUGCCGGGACGCGCGUCGGCAAACACGACCAAGCGGCGGCCUCGGCGCUGCCGAUCAAGCAACCGCCUGAAGUCGCCGGGGUUCACUUCCUGUGGCGGUCGAGAGACAACCGCAAGGGACGCCAUCCGCUGCGCGUUCAGAGGCAGCCUCAAGGAGGUGGCGUGGCCCUGCCGCGGCGGUCGUCGCACCCCAAGGAGGUGUUGAGGGGCGUCGUUGGCACGUUUACGCAAUAUCCCGUGUGGGACAUAUCCUGGCUGGUGGCUUUCAUCUUCACUUGGGAUUGGUUGCAGGGCUUCUUUUCUUGGCUGCCACUCGUGCGGCCGUCCACGGGGUUUCCAAGCGAGAGCGACUACGGCGGCGGCAUCACCGCCUUCAUCGGGGCCAUCCUGUUCUUCGAGGUCGGCUCGGUGCUUCUCGUCCUCGAGGCCAUCAACGCCAACGACGCGGACUGCUUCGGCUGGGCUGUCGAGACGCUGGUCGACCAGCACCACACGCGGGCCGUGACCUUUGUCGCCGACGCGGAGCUCUGUCGCCACCACCACCAAAACAAACACAACCUCGUCGGGAAACCGCGGCGCCAUCUGCUAGCCAGCAGCGCGGAUGUCGAAUCCACAACCACCACCAAGGCGAGGAGGCGCUGGCAGUGGUGCCCGUCCUGGCAGGACAUCCGCCACCGCCACAUCUAUGAGCUGGGCUUCCUCGCCGCCGUCGCGCAGUUCUCCGGCGCCACCAUCUUCGGCAUCGCAGGCUUCACCGCGCUGCCGGGCAUCGCGGAGCACAUACAGGCGCCGCAGUGGCACCUCAACGUCGCGUACUGGAUCCCCCAGGUGGUCGGCGGCUGCGGCUUCAUCGCCAGCGGCCUGCUCUACAUGCUCGAGACGCAGGAGCGCUGGUGGCAGCCGGCGCCGCGGCUGCUUGGGUGGCAUAUCGCUUUCUGGAAUCUGAUCGGCGCUUUUGGAUUUACGCUCUGCGGCGCGCUGGGCAUGGCGUACGGCAACACGGGGGCGCAGUACCAGGCGGCGCUGGCGACCUUUUGGGGCUCCUGGGCAUUUCUAAUCGGCAGCUACCUGCAGCUGUACGAGAGCCUGAACAAGCACCCCGUCGAGGAGGUCAAGGCAACCGCCGAUAAGGAGGCGUCGCCUUGA